CGCUAAUGCGAAUCGAAAAUUAUUCGGAUUAUUUCGAAUCCAUUUUAAUUUCUUGUAGUGGGUGUAUAUAUGUAGGUACCUACUUUAGAUUUAGUAAUUUUCUAAAUGUUGCAAAACAUUGGUUAAUUUUGAUAAAAGAGGACCCAAGAAUUUUGUAAUAAUCAUUGCAUUGUGAGCUGUUGCUUUUCCAUAAUGUUAAUACGGUGCUGUGUUAUUAUCUUUUGCUUAUGCAACGUAAACACGAGUGGAGACUCAAGACACAAGGUGAACAAUGAGCUCAUUGAUGAGUUUUCAUUUUGGCCCUCAAUCCAUAACGCUGCGAGAAAUCUGAGGAAUCGAAGGUCGGUCCAAGAUCAGGAUCCUGUUGAUACGGUUGGUGUCGGUCAGAUGGAAGGAAUGGUAGGAUCUCAUGUUCUGCCUUCCACAUUAGUUUCGAAUGUAUCAUCAGAUGUUGCGUCAUCUCCUGCGGCUUCGAACGGUAAAGCUGUUGAGGAUUAUUCUACCCCUCACGUGCAGAGCCACGUUUCUGAACAUUCAACCGCGAUCGAAAGUAAUAAAGAAUUACCAAAAGAAGCAGUCGCACCGAGUAUAAAUGCAAAAGUUUCAGGAAAUGUAACAACAAUUGCAAAUGAUACAAAAACAACUGAAUCAAGUACAAAAAUAAUUACAAGUAAUACAACAACUGCUAAUAAUAUUCAAGAUCCCAUAUCUCCAAUUAAUUCAGUACACAAUAGUACUGAAGGAAAAAGCAAUCUCACUAUUUUGGAUAAUUCAACUGUGAGAAAAGAAAUUGAUUUCAACAGUCCUGGGGUUGUGAAGAGAGGUGCUAUAGUUUUUGGUGGCUUUGCUCUGUUAGCUGUAGCAUAUUUCAUAUUUUACAGGAGUAAGCAUAAGAGUAACGAAGCUAACACUAUGCACAGUUCGAUCGAUGCAAACCAGUUUCGUUAUGGUGUUCUCCAGUCAGAAGACCGGAGGGACAACUUAGAGUCAUCACGAAUUCCACUCACGAUGGAAUCGGAUGAUGAUGAAGAUGACGACAUGGAGAUAUUUGAUUUAGAAGAAAAGAAAAAAUCUCUGUCAUAUGUAAACUUGCAAUUGAACGAUGAGGAUGUUGUUUUAGGGUCAGCAGAAAACAAAUACGAUGAUAGGGAUAAUCUUUUGUUGGACAUAGAAGAUGGUAAUGUAGAUACAUUGAUUAAUUGGAGUAGUAGUGGCAGUAAGUCUGUAUUAUAAUAAUUUGCUAAUUAAAAACAAUGGCUGAAUAAUAUCUUUCAAAAGUACUUAGUAAUUUUGAAAGACGUACCUGGUCUCGUCUUUUUCUUUUUUUCCAUUAAGCGGAAGAUCAUGAUUUUUAUUUUUUUUAAUGAAAAGCUCUGUGAAAUGGGCAAUCGCACUUUAUAAGAUUUUCAAACUAAGGUAUGCUGUCUUUUUUUUCUAAAUAAUCUGUUUCAGUUCUUUGAAUUGGAUGUUGGUCAAAAUAACGUUUUAAUAAAUACACUUAAAGAAUGGAAGAGAUUAUUUGAAAUUAGCAUUUAUGUUACAAUACAAUGUAUGUAUGCAGAAAUAAACAAAUUAUAGAUGCAACUGUAUAAAACUCUUAGAUAAUACAAUAAUAAUAAAAACUUGAAGCACUGAUCUUGCUAGGGCUAGUGUUAGCCAAUUCUCUCAGGUUGAGCCCGUGAGCUCACCUACCCGUCCGCACGUAGCUGAAAUAAUCCCUUAGGCUACCAGCAAAUAGGUAGGAAAAAAAGAAUGUAACAAAACUCAUUUCUAAGAUUUAUACAUUUAUACUGAAUUGCAUUUUUCCCAGCACAGUUUUAUAAUGAUAGCACUAAUGUGUAUAACACACAUUUCAGAACGAUCUAUUAAUUAUGAGUAAUUAAUUUCACUUACAUGUAGUAAUUAAGCUAACGUUAAAAAUGAACAUUGAAUUUUGUUUGCAUUUUUUAAGAGUGAGUCUAAUUACAAAAUUGUUUUUGGAUUGUUUAGCUAUGGCGUGAUAUUCCGGUCAAAUUAGACCAAAAAAUAAGAGUAUAGAGAAAAUCGGUAAGAUUGUUUAAAAUAUCAUUAAAAACAAUCUUACCGAUUUUCAGCUUGGUGGGAAUUUAGGUAACUUGGAAUGUCUAAAUUGACCGGACUAGAAUAAUAUUUUUCAUAAAUCUACAAAAAUACGUUAUUUAAAUAAUUUUGAUACUUUUAUACAGUUCUACUGUAAUUGUUAAUAAUAAAAAUAAUCUUUGCCUAUCUAUCUUAACCUUAAUUCUAUCUUAACAUAGUUGAUUGAAAUUCAAGCUAAAGAGAAGGUUUCUGUCAAAUAGAUACGUUAAACGUAUUUUUUGAUCGAUUAACCAUUCCUUGAGUUUCAAAAACUUAGAUUUGCAACAUUUAGCGUGAUUCGGAUUCACCAGCUCUAAUUAAAUUAUAUUAAGUAAGAAUAUAAUCGAUUGAAAUAAAUAAAUAAAAAACGCCUAAAUCGCAAGCCGAACUUAAUUUUUUUUUAUCUCUGUCGUCCUCGUCAGGAUAUUAAGCCAAAGUAAUAUAAUUAUUGUAUUGUCAUCAGUCCUUGAUACGUGAGAAAAAGUUUUAAGUAACCGGAUGUCUUGAAGUUUGUGAAAAUUGUGUUUAAUGAUUCCAUUACAUAGAUGGGUACAGAUUCAUGAUAAUAAAAUAGUGUUAAAUAUACUAAUUUAUUUUCACCAAAAAAUGUCAUUAAACUGCCUAGUUAUUACUGUCUUCCCACAAUAAUUGAAGUUACUCUAACUUAUCUAAUUGCCUAUUUCCAAGCUAGAGUAGUGUCAAUGUAACUCAAAAUGAAACAUUAUUUGGUUGUCCUGAAACAUUGUAAAAUAUUUUGAUUCUAACUUACAUUUUAACUUAGAGUAAACGAACUUAUUGCGCAUCUAGUUCUAAGUGGGUAUCAAAGUACAUAGAUCGUACAAAGUGAACGCGGCCAUCUUGAGACAUUUGAACCAACUCAAUUUUUUAUUGGUGGUACUCACCUCAGAAAAUUCAAAAUACGUCAUAACCCCUAUUAAAUAUUAAGACAUCAAAAUUUUGAUUUUAAUUCUUCAAACUAUCCUGUUGUAAUGUAGAUGUAUCUACGUCACAAUUUUUCAAGAUAAAAAUCAGCAAAAAGUAGAUCUGAUUAUGCGCAUAAUGUUGAGAUAUAACACUUGUAGUCUUGAUGUUCAAUAGCCAUCACAAUUGAUGUUGAAUUAAUAUAAAUAUAAUAUCACUUCAUUCUGUAGCACAGUUUAUAGGAAUAUAUAAUACUUAUGACUAGAGCUAAUCGAAGUAUUUUGUUCGGAUUUCGCAAGUCCGCUUUAAUGUCGCGUUUAUUAAUUUAAUUUUAUAAUCUCCGAUAAUUCCGUAUAUUUCCUUGUUAUCGUAGCCACGGACGACUAGUAAAUAAUAAACUAUAAGGUUUAUUUCGUCUAUAAUUGAAUAUUGUAUUUUGAGUGAAUACAAAAAAAUUGACGGUAGUUUAUACAAACAAGUUUCAGUAAACUACCGUCAAUUUGAAUAUUACUUGAAUAUUCAAUUUUAACGCGAAACUAGACUCUAAAAGUAGUUUUAAUAAUGGUACUAAUCGGUUACUGUUGAACUAUUUUGUGACAAGUGAAAAAAAGUCCUAAUGAAACAAACACUAGCUACUUGCUUUGAAUAAAGUGCCCAAGGAAUAUGCCAACGUUGUUAGGCGAUCAUGAAUUCCUGCGUCACAUUAAGUCUAUUGAUUAAGCUCGUUUCGGAAUCGCAAACAAAGUAGCUUUCCCUUGGGUAUUUAGAAUUUCAUCUGCCUACACAGCAAUCACAGCCGUGGUAACGAGUAGUAUACUAACACUCAUGAUUUUAUUUA